AUGGCAACGGAUCAGGCCGAUCUCACUAGCGACCUCCCGGACGAUCUGCUCGGCACUAUCGUUUCCCUUCUCCCCACCGAGGACGGCGCCCGCAUGCAGGCUCUCUCCCGUCGGUGGCGCCCCAUCUGGCGCUCCGCGCCUCUCAACCUCGACGACGACGUACCUGAAAAGACCAUCUCUGACAUCCUCUCUGCCCACCUCGGCCCCGUCCACCGCAUCUCGAUCUGCAUCAAAUCGCUCCGCUAUCGCUACCACGGCCACACGCGGCUAGCGAUCCUGGACGAGGCGGGCGAUGCCAGGGUCGACGGCUGGUUCUCCUCCCGGGUUCUCGCGCACCUCGAGGAGCUCCGGAUCGACUACAGCCACGGCAGGAACGGCAACGACGUGUCGAUGUUGCCACCGUCUGUGUUCCGGCGCGCGCCCACGCUCCAGGUGGCCACGUUCGGCCGGUGCUGUCUGCCAGUGCCACCCAACCUAGCCGUGGACUUUCCGCUCCUCCGGCAGCUCACGCUGUACAGGGUAACCCUGACGGAGGAGGCUCUCAGCGCCGUACUGUCCGGCUGCCCUGCGUUGGAAAGCCUUCUGCUGGCUGAGAAUGUGGGCUCUGUCAGCCUCCGCGUCAACUCUCCAGCUCUCAAGAGCAUCAGCUUUUGUGCUCCUUAUUACUCUCACCUUGUCAAAGUCCAAGAGCUGGUCAUCGAGGACGCACCUUCCCUCGAGAGGUUGCUGCCGCUCAAUCCCAAGUAUGGUCCGGCCACCAUCCGGGUAGUCCAUGCUCCUAAGCUAGAAAUAUUGGGUGGUCUAAGUAAAGGCAUAUCACAACUCCACCUUGGCACGAGUGUUUUUCAGAAAAUGGUCGCCGUUAGCUUGACAACCAUAAUGAACACGGUCAAGAUUUUGUCUCUUGUUCUUGUUGGCCCCGAUUUGGAUGCAGUUCUUGACUACCUCGAGUGCUUCCCCUGCUUGGAGCGGAUUUAUAUCACCUUAGAUCCACCAAGGUGCCGGCCAAAGAAUAUAAAAACUGUGAUGACGUAUGACUCACUAGAUGAUCCAAUUGAACGCCUUGAGAACCAUCUGAAAAAUAUGGCGUUGAAGGUCUACGAUGGCAACAGUCCACAAGUUGACUUUUCCAGGUUCUUUGUUUUGAAUGCCAAAGUGCUAGAGAGAAUCGAAUUUGGCUUGCCUGAGAUAUCAAUCUCCAAGAAACGGAUGGACGAAUGGAGGGAUAACCAACACGGGCAACUAUGA